AUGGCAGAUGCCACUCUCGAACACAUUUACUUCAAUCCGAUCCACUGCAAAGCCCAGUUCAGUCUUCACCUCACCUACGGCCCCUACACCAUCUCAUAUGCUGAGUCUAGCCACCCUAUCUAUACCCUGGUUUGGUCUGGGUAUCUCAGCUCCACGGACCGCGGUCGAAACUCCCUUAGGUCGCGAUGGGAAAUGGAAUCGGAAUCGGACUAUGCUGGUCCUACCGAACUAGCACUAGUGAUUCUGAAUUAA